AUGUCCGAACUCUCGAAUUCAGAGGAAUUGUUGAUUGUACAGGCGGAUGGGCUCUACCCGGACGAUGCAGUCGAGCAACAGAUCCUGAAAGAUGCCAGGAUCCCGCAAUCUCGCAAAAUCAAGUAUCUACAACUAGACCUGUUCCCGACAGGCACUGCGACGCCCAAGCCAUGGACCACGAUUCCCGAAGAAUUGCGACGAGAAGUAGACGGCAUCCUAACGUUGAAGAUGUACUUCACAGCGGAAGAUCUUCAGCUCUUUCCGAAGCUCAAAGUCAUCGUGAGAAUGGGAGUCGGUUACGACCGACUAGACCGGGUUGCCCUGGCUCAGCGAAACGUAACAGUGUGCAAUGUUCCCGAUUACGGCACGGCAGAAAUCGCCGAUCACGCGCUAGGACUCGCCCUCUCCCUCCGCCGCGGCAUUCUCCUCCACCAUGACCUCCAGCGCGAACCAUACGUCGAGCCCUGGAUGGUGGUCGACACGCCCCUCGUCGCGCGCAUCCGAGACACCACAUACGGAGUCCUCGGCCUCGGCCGAAUCGGAACAGCAGCGGCUCUUCGCGCAAAAGCAUUCGGCUGGCGAGUGAUCUUCUACGACCCGUACGUCCCCAACGGAUACGACAAAACGCUCGACAUCGAGCGCGUGACCGAUAUCCGAGAGCUCUUCCGACGCAGCACCACGCUCAGCAUCCACUGCGCCUGCACGCACGAAACGCGCGAAAUGAUCGGCUCCGAGUUAGUCUCACUCAUGCCGUGCGGCUCUGUGCUCGUGAACACGGCCCGCGGCGAAGUCUUGCAGCUCGAUGCGGUGGAGGAGGCGUUGAGACGGGGGGUGUUGGCUGGUGCGGGCCUGGAUGUCUUGCCGGAGGAACCGAUCCCCGAGGAUCGGGUGCAUUCGCUGAUUCGUGCGUAUCGGCGGAACGAGGACUGGUUGGACGAAGAGUAUGGAGACUAUGCGGGAUGUGUUGGUUUUGGGAUUGGGGAGUAA